ACGUCGUCUCAGUGUCAGUCUAGAGUUUGGUCCGAGAAGAACGACAACGAGUGUUCCUGGUUCACUCAUUUUAUCUGGUCACACCGGUGCCUGAGAAGGAAAGCUCCCCUUCAGAGCUGCAGACCCCUUCAGGGCUCUUUAGGGGUUGGUUGCAGAGGGAGAAAGCACUGUAGAGGACUGUGGUACGGGGCUCUUUUGGGAGACGGUCGAGACUGUCCGGACGGGGAAAAAAAUGGCUUGAGGGUGGAAAAUCAGAGUGAAGUGUUUUGGGGUGUUGGAAUUUGAUAUGUGGGUAGUAUGGGGGAUCUCAUUCCAAUUAUCGAAGGUCCUGUCAAGUUCCGGGACGGCAAGAAGUGGAAAUCGCGGUUUGCGAGUGUUACUAGACUCUCUCCUGUGGCAGAUAGUCUCACCCUUCAAUUGUGGAAGGACAAAAAGGAUUGGGAGCGAAAUCCUCCCUCCAAAGGCUCGAUUGCUCUGGAGGAGUACCUGGGAUGGGAAGCAGGAUUUACCUUAGAGAAAGAGUCCCUUACCUUGGCCUUGGUUCUAAAGGGCGUACUGAUUGCCUUGGCCUUUGAUUGUCGAGAAACGUUGAUGCGAUGGCAGGUGAGGUUGGCGGCUCAAUUCGAGGAGGGUCAACACUUUUCGGCUCAUUUAGUCCAAGUUCCCAACAAAUCCAAGUUUCCCUUGGGCCAGAUUAGAAUCCACCUUCAAAACCGGAGAUUCUCCUUGACAACCGGAGUUCCCCCUAAGCUUCUGCAUAGUUGGGAUCUGGUGGAUUUAAGACGUUAUGGAGGAUUGGAAAAUGGAAGAUUCUGCUUUGAAGGGGGAUCUCGUUGUGGCAAGGGGGAGGGCCUCCAUGUCCUCAGACUUGAUGAUCCUCAAGAGCUGAAAGCCAAAUUUGAUCUGGCUACCAAAGGCCGUUUGGAGGCCAAGAGAAAGAGUCUCUACAAAACUGCUUGUUCAAGUCCUUCGAUUCCGUCUUGUCUGGAUGGUCUUCGUCAGAUGUCGCUUUCUUCGGAUUUAUCGUCGAACCAUGAUCGACAUGAGUCCACAGCAGCCUUGGUGAAGGACUUCCAAUCAGUUCAGGGAUCCCACAUGGACCUCCACAGCCAACGUCAACGCUCCCAUUCGAGAUCCAUGAACCACUCCUUGAACUGGUCCAGUACCGAAGGUCAAAGCUCUUGCGACACCAUGUCUGUAGCCUUGAGCGAAAUGACCGAGGCCACAACAAGCUCUGGAGGAGGCCAGAGAGGACAGCAAAGCCCUGAACAUUUGGUGAACAGGCGAGUACUUCUGGAGCAAAUGGGGAUCCAUCCUGAUUUAGAUGGGAAAGAGUCUAGGAAUCAUUGUUCAGCUCCAAGGUCUACAUGUGGAACCGGUGACUUGAAUAACCCACAAUGGACAAUGAACCCCAACAGCUCCAUGAAGGCCAAAAUCCAAUACAACUCGUGUUACAGCAUGGACCGGCUGUCCACAAGUUCCCACGAAUCCCAUUCAAGUAAUGGUUUCGUCACUUACGACACCCCAAGGAGUGUUUUGAACGGCUCUAGACCGCCGUCAAGCUUAAGGGCCGGAAGCACUUGUUCCCCCAAUUUGACGCCAAAGACACAAAGACGGCGAACCCACGGAAGUCAGAAUCCUUCCUCGUCGCAACCUCUCAGUGCUGAGUUGCGUCGCGUAUUGGCCGCCACUCCAUGUGGAUGUGGAAACGGUUCAGGGUCGACCAGGAACUCAGGCGCCAGCAUGGCCAGUUCCAUUGGAUCAUUCGGAACUGUUUCCACAGCCAGUAGUAGCUUGGAUAAUUAUGACAUUCCACGAAACCUGGGCAAAUCUCAGGUGACCAGUCAACUUUACGACACCCCUAGAAGUUUGAAAGAGUCAGCAGAGCACGGAGGAGCAGAGCCGUUCGGCAACUAUGACUUCCCUCAGCAUGGAGCCCUGCCUGUAUUCCGCAAACAGUGUGGAUGCGUCCUGAAGUUGUCCAAUAAGAGUGGGGCCCCGUUCGUCUCGGAUUGUGUCCAUAAUGAAAACACAGAGACCUUGGACGCGAAGGCCCCUCGUAUAAAGCUUACCGGCACGGGCAAAAUGCCUGUGGUGGACAUGAGCGAAGGAUUUUUGCAUGCAAGUAGCGUUGCCAACAAUCAAAUCCUCCAACAAAAGCACCAUAGUCAAAGCCCGGUUUACGCCACAGUUAAUAAAGGCACCAAAGCCAAAACCAUACAACCAAACUAUUGCAAUAUUGGUCCAAGUCUUGGAGAUGUGGUCCAUGAACAAGGGCCUCUAUAUGAAAACACCAAAACCAUUCUUCGCCCAAAAGGAGCCAAUCACCCGGCGGCUACCAUGGCCGCCGCAUCCCACAAUUAUGAAAAUACUGACAAUUUCCUUGGCAUCGAUGUGGCUGCCAACUAUGUUCCAAUGUUCCCCAAGGCCUCUCAAGAUUGUGCAGAUCUCCCGUCAUUGCCAUUGAUACCAUUCCAACCUCUCAAUUACGAUCAACUCCCCCUGCCAGGCUUGCCCACACCGUUUGACUCAAUUAAUCGAAAACUUCGACAGCUCUCAGAUUCUCUUAAUCCUCGGGAUGACGCCAACCCUGGAGCAAUGUUCAUCCCAACCCUCAAAUCCAAAUCCAUUGAUCAGCUCCACACUUUCCCUAAUGAAGCUGGCCCAGGACCAGGUCGCGCCCAAGAGCCGAAUGGCUUUGUGACCGUGCCAAGGAAGACCAACCGCUUGGCUGGAGGCCAAGGCAAUGCCAGCCCGGCUAUGCGCCGGUCAGCUAGCGUGCCCUGUAAAAAUGCAGAGAACAGGGGAUCGACCAGUUCUAGUGAUUCAGGGUUCUCGGCAGGCUCGCCCAAGGCAACCCUGGACCAGCUGUCAAUGUAGACUACAUGCUUCAUAUUGACUCGGAUCAUGAACAAUUGGAGUCCCAUUCGUCCCAAGAUUUAGACGAAACCAUGCCACCCAUGGGGCUGGACGAGGAGGACACAAAAGUCUGAUUUUGUACUUUUUCUACUCGAGUUUCCACUAUUUCCUGUACGUCUUAUUCUAUAGAUGAUUGAUGUUCGUUUUGACUCUCGUCGACGGUUUGGGGGCGUUCAUUUACUGUCACCAAUAAAAUCUAGUCACUGA